ACUGUUUUCUCCAAUCCAAUUCUAAUCUUAAUUCUUCAUAAACCCUAACUUUAUUAAUCCCUUUUUUAGUUUCAUCUUUAAAAACAUUUGUUUUCUUGAAAAUGUCGGAAGAAUUCGACGAAUCUGAGAUCAUUUUCUCUGACAAUUACUUUCCGAUUCGCCGGCGAGAAGACGGUAACGAGAAAGAGAAUAACCGUCCGGUGGAUUUCCGGGAAAAUUCUGAGAGAGUGUGGAACAAGUCAUCUAGACGGAGUAAAACGACGCCGUUGCCUUCAGCGGUGACGGCGUUUUCUAGUUCGCUUCCGGUUAACAUACCGAUGAGGAGGUAUUCGACGGAGGAGGAAUAUUCCGAUGACGACGGAGGAAGGAAAAUGAUUCCGCCGCAUUUGAUAGUUGGACGGAGGAUGGAAGGAGGUCAAAUGGCGUUUUCCGUUUGUACAGGUAACGGAAGAACUCUUAAAGGACGAGAUCUGAGCCGGGUUCGUAAUUCGGUUCUCAAAUUAACCGGGUUUUUGGAAGCUUGAAAUUGGAUUAAACCGGACUGGUUUUGGAUUUUGAUUAAUUUUUUUCGAUCUUCCAAUUUUUUUUUUUUUGUUUUUAGUCGAAGAAGUAAUCAGCGGUUCUCGUAAUUGUUUUUUUUUUAGUUUGAUUUUUAAUUGAAUGUCAAAAGGAAAAUGUCAAAAAGAAAAGAACAUUAAUUUCCUUGUUUAUUCUUAAUUUUUGAUUCUCUUAAAUGUAAUAGAAAAAAGAAGAAGAAAAAUAUAAGUUUUACUUUUGCUCUAAUUGUUGUUCUUCAUCAACACUUCUUUUGCGCUGACGAAAUUGAAUUUGUCGUAAGAAAAUGA